CGCCCCGCGGAGCAGGAAGCUGUGACCUGUGUAUGAGGACGAAGUUUAGAGGUGUUCUGUGUUCUUUCCUCUUGUUGUGUUACUGUGAGAAUAAAUAAACGCUAGAGAAUGCUGGUGAACGCCUCUCAGCGCGGUGUUCUGUCUCUGGGCGCUGUGGAGAGCGUUAGUAAGCGCUGCUGGUGCUGCUCGGUCUGUGGGAGUUUGACCCGCGGGGGACUGAGGCUUUCUCCACGCCGCGCUGCUGCUCUGAGGCGGGACGGCCGCGCAGAGCUCCCCCGGCCUCCGACACCGGUACCGGGGGUGGAUAAACACAGCGCUGAGCUUCGGCUGGAGUCGCCCGCUCCCCUCAGACAGUCCCUGCUGUGGCAGAAAGGAAAAUCUCACCUCAGUCUGGUAGUUGGACCUUUUUUAAAAAGGACUCAGUCUGGUCCUGGGACGGAGAGCGUGUCUAUACUGAAAGGCCUGCGGUGGCUGCUGUUCAGAGAGUUGAGCACCUCCAACAAAGUCAUGCAGUAUGAUCUGGGUUCGAGAAACCUUGAAAAGUCUGGCCACAAAAAGCUCAUGUUUGAUACACACGCAAUGUUUCAGUAUUUGGAAGCCAGUGGGUUCACAAGCCAGCAGGCAGAGAUUAUCAUCAAGAUUCUGGUCAACACAACCAACACCAACAUGGAUAUCAUGUACAGUGAUAUGGUCACAAAGACUCAGCAUGAAAUCAUGUUGCAGAAGGUAAUGUCUCACAUUACUGCAGUGAAAAAGGACAUGAUUAUCUUGGAAAAAAGCGAGUUCUCUGCGUUACUGGCAGAAAAUGAUAGAAUAAAGGUUGAACUUGCACAGCUCAAGAUUCAGCUUUUAGAUAUGAUGAACAAAGUACGUGUGGACAACAAGUUGGAUAUGAACUUAGAAAAAAGUCAAGUAAAGGAGAUGAAAGCAGAGCAUGAAAAGAAGCUGCUGGAGACAAGGAACGAGAUGAUCGAGAUGCUUGCAGAACAAGAACGCCAUGUGACUCAGAAUAACGUGAAAAUCGACACAGAAGUUGCCGGCCUGAAAACCAUGCUGGAGUCCCACAAAUUAGACAGUAUCAAAUAUCUGGCAGGGUCAGUGUUCACAUGUCUCACUGUAGUGCUGGGAUUCUUUCGAAUAUGGAUGUAAACUGGUGGCUGUGUCAAUACUUAAGGAUGAUUUCCAUAACAAAAGAACAACAAAGCCAGAACUGGAACUGUUGUUAGUUGUAUUUGUCUGGCUCGAACAUUCCUGAUUCUGCCUACAUUUAUGCACUAUUUUUGCUGGUGAUACCAGUUUUUUUAUUGUUCAGUUAAAUCAUGUAAUUACAAUGCACAGUAAACAGUUUAAAGGUGCCUUAAAAUGGAAUGUAUUUCUCUUAGCAUAAUGCAAAUCUUAGAAACAUAAACAAAUCUGAGCAGUGUGACAAGCCAAUUGCAAACCCCCAAAACUGUUACUAGCAGUCCAAGAUGGCGGCAUGGUAAAACACAGAGGACAUUUCUCAUCUUUUGUGUGUUUAAGAAUGAACACCACGGUCUUCGAAUGUGGAAUAAGGCGCUGCCACUAUGAUCAGGAGAUCACCGGUUCGAAUCCUGUUUAUGCAGCUUGCCAUCGACUACCAGAGCCCUGAGACAGCACAGUUGGCCUUGCUCUCUCUCUGGGUGGGUAGAUGACAGUCUCUCCCCCAUCACUCCUAGAGUGAAAUCGAUCAGUACAGGGUAUCUGUGAGCUGAUGUAUCGGAAUCGAGUUGCUGCGCUUUCCUCCGAGCAGGCUGUGAUGCUACUCGGCAAUGUUGCAUCAGCAGCAGUUCAAAAAGAAGCGGUGGCUGACUUCACAUGUAUCUGAGGAGGCAUGUGUUAGUCUUCACCCUCCUGAUGCUGGGACAUUACUAGAAAUGGGGGGACUCCUAAUGAGUGGGUUGGAUAAUUGGCUGUGUAAAAUGGGAUAAAAAAAAAUAAAAUUAAAUAAAUAAAAUUAUAUAAAAAAGAAUGAACACCACAAAUGUUUUAGCCAGUUGUGCAAUGACCAAUGCAUCAAUAACAGUGCCUCUAUGUACACAAUGUGUACUGGCUUGAACUUGUUGACACAAUAUGCAUCAUAAUACUGGGAUUACUAUUCAUUUUAUCACAGUAUAUUACGUAAGAACCUGAUUUAUUGUAAAAACCGACACAAUCAUAUUUCUUUUUCCAUAUUUUUUGAAAAGUUUGCUUUUUAUCCAAUCAGAACGGUGGGAUCUAAUGAGAGAGUACAAUAGUGCCAUUUAGCGGGGUUUAAACACUACACAGAAUGAACCACUGUCUGUCACCAAUUCUUACAUAAUUAAUAAUUAAAUAUCUGU